AUAUACGGAAGUUGCAUAAUAAAGUUCCGCUCCUGAUUGGACGAUACAACAUACGCUAGCUUUGUCCAAUAACGUGUCAGCUAGGCGGAGCAAUAAGAAUAUAUAAACAGAGAGUCGACGGUGAUAAAAUAAUUCACAUUUCUUUACAGAAAAGAAAUUAAUAUCGAACAUGUCAGGAAGAGGAAAGACCACCGGGAAGGCCAGGGCAAAGGCGAAGAGCCGGUCAUCUCGGGCCGGGCUUCAGUUCCCUGUCGGCCGGGUCCACAGACUGCUGAGGAAGGGGAACUACGCUCAGCGUGUCGGCGCCGGAGCUCCCGUCUACCUGGCGGCGGUGCUUGAGUACCUGACGGCUGAGAUCCUGGAGCUGGCUGGAAAUGCAGCCCGUGAUAACAAGAAGACCAGGAUCAUCCCCCGUCACCUGCAGCUGGCUGUCCGCAACGACGAGGAGCUCAACAAGCUCAUGACUAACGUCACCAUCGCUCAGGGCGGUGUGCUGCCCAACAUCCAGGCUGUCCUGCUGCCCAAGAAGGCCGAGAAAGCUGGCAAGGCCAAAUAAGUCGUCCUUGAACGCAACACCACAAAGGCUCUUUUAAGAGCCACACACACAUCCUAUCGAGUCUCUUCCUGUUACAGUGAAAAUUACGUAGUCACUAAAAAGCAAGUGCCUUCAAGUCAGGUCUUAAAAUACUUUAGGCGCUGACAGGAAAAGAAAAGUAAAUGGAGGCUUUCAAAGACUUUACAUUUUCACAUGUUAUUCUUCUUGUGUAGACUGCUUGUUUAGGUAGAUGCGCUUUACGGACACCAGACUGAAAGCGCUUAAUAUAAAUCAAUAAAUACACACAUUAAUAGAUUAGUAUAUUACUUAAAGGCUACAUAGAGUUGUUUAUCAAUCAUACAAUCUACAGUACAAGGCUUAAACUAGUUCAUCAAGUUUUCCUAACCGAACAAGAGAAGACAUAAUUCCCGGGGAGGAGAAAAACCCUGAUUCACAUUAUAACAAAUACCCUGUAGGUUACUGUCAGCAGAUACUGUAAAUAGAUGUAAUAAUAACACUGAUCAAGUCAUUUUAAAAACAAUGUACAAAUGAAA